UGAUGAUGUUAGGAAAUGGGAAAAUAUAGUCCAAAAUGAGUCAGACUCAUCACAUAACCACAGCUAGUUAAUGUGUGAGAGAGGGAGAAGAGAAGAUCAGAAGAGAGAGAAAUGAGUUCAUGGAAUUCAAUAUCAAUGGAGAUCCUAUACGGGGUAUUAGGAUGGAUUUCCAUCCUCUGCUGGGCGCUUGCUUCCUAUCCACAGGUCAUUCUAAAUUUCCGACGCAAAAGUGUUGUAGGAUUGAGCUUCGAUUACUUGAUUUUGAAUUUCACCAAACAAUCUUCCUAUUUGAUAUACAACGCUACCCUCUUCUUUAGUACCACAGUUCAGAAGCAGUACUUCGAUAAAUAUGGCUACGAUCAGAUGAUACCGGUGGCUUUGAGCGAUGUCUUUUUCCCCUUCCACUCCAUUAUACUGAUCCUCGUCGUCUCGGUUCAAAUUGUAUUUUUUGAUCGUGGCAGCCAGAAAGUCUCGAAGGCAUCAAUUGCCAUCUUGGUCGCAGUAUGGUUUUUUGCAGGAGCCUGCUUUUUUAUGGCUCUGCCAACCCAUUCAUGGCUUUGGCUUGUCUCCAUAUUCAAUUCGAUUCAAGUUUUUAUGACAUUCAUCAAAUACUCUCCUCAGGCAUUUUUGAACUUCACCAGGAAGAGUACAGUGGGAUUCAGCAUUGGUAAUAUAGUUCUGGACUUCAGUGGAGGAGUGGCAACUUUGGCUCAAAUGAGCGUGCAAUCAGUUGACCAAGGACAGAUUCUUAAGGCUUCUUGGGGAAUGCGGUGUGUUCAAUUUGGCGAGAUCUUUUGGAAGAGAGGAAUCAUAGAAUUUGUAAAGAUUUGGCAAGGGAACCUAAGGAUGUUUCAUCCUUUGUGCCGUUCUUGGGUGAACUUUUUGGGAAACAUAGGGAAGCCCUUGCUAGCUUUGGUCUCUAUAGCGUUUGAUCUGAUUUUCUUCUAUCAACAUUUUGUAUUAUAUCAUAUCAAGGCAUCAAGGGUUUCAUUUCAACGUGACCCUGAAAGCACCGACUCUGAACCAUUAAUUAAGGACUCUGAUCACUUGCAAGGGAUUGGCACAACCAGUUGAGACUUGAUGGUAUUGCCUCCACCUCUUAGCUAUUUUCGUGCCAAUAGGUAUUUACUAUUCUUAUUACCAUGGAGUUCUAGUGCCAACACAAAGGAGGUUCAUUUCUCUUUUGCCUGGUCCAUUUGUUUCCUCUUAGUACUAGUCCCAUCCAUUUUCUUCUGAGCGGCUGAGCCUCUGCUAUUAUAGAGUCAAAUACAGGUGAUAUGACCAUUCUUGAAGCAAGCAGUUAAGAAAUCUCCUUUUAUGCUUUAUGGAACUCGAAGCUGAACAUGCAAAAAAUAUUGAGGAGACUAUAGUUGAUGCAGGGGAGAGCUUGAAGUUGAAGGGUCUUGUUCGAUGGAAGCGCUUGAGCUUUUUAGGGAUACUUUGAAGAAGAUGGCUUAAACAGGGUGGGUUUGGGGAGUCCAUUUGUUCAUACUUGGUCGUGAGUUAUGUAUAAGAAUAGAUUUGACUAUUUUUCACUUGACUGCGUAGUCUGACUACUUUUGUGAAUCGGGCUAAGAAGUUGUUAUAAAGAUGAAAUUGUGUUGGGUUUCUUAGAUGUUUAUUUUCAGCUCACCAAGGCAACAUCGAGAAAGAAGCCUUCAAGAUCAUUAACAAUUGGUAUGUUGUAAUGGUCAUCAUACAUUUAGUGAUAGCAUGCAACUGAGUAAGGAAAUUGAA